UUACCAUAUUUGUUAAUUACGGUGUCUGCUGUAGCUAAGUAAUUUAUAUCCUUCCCUCAUUAAUCGUUGACGUGUAAUGCCAGUAUGAGGUAUAAAAUUAAUAAUAGUGUAAAAGUAUUGAUUUUUUUCAUAAUAUCAAUAUUACAAUGUGAUACUACAGUUGGUGUUUAUAUUACGUUUAAAAUUGAAAUAUAUGAAGUACUUGGAAAGCUGAGGCCGAUGUGCGAUCAUGACAUACAAGAUAUGAAAAGCUAUACAGUUAGGGAAGGAGAGAAUAUCAUAAUUAUGACGAACUACGACAAAGUAAUUACUGAUGCAAGAUGUUAUAGUAAAUACACUGAUUAUUCUUUUGGAACUGAAAGCCAGAAUUUUUACAGGAAUGAAUCGAUUUAUAAAGCGAAGAAAGAAAUGGGAACGGUAUGGGAGUGUAGUAUUACUUCUUUGAAGAAUGACCUAAAUAUAUUAUUUCAUGAAAUAUUGUAUACCAAAGGAGAGGACACUUAUGCAAGAACUAUUUGUACCAUGAAUAUCCACGUUCGACGAGAGAAGGCUCCUAUGGUCAUCCUCGUUAACAAUAUGCAGAUGGCACUAAAACAAACACAACUGUCGGAUGAAGAAGCCGACUUUACUGCCAUCUACCAUUAUAAAGUUGGAGACAAAGUAAACAUUACUUGCGUGACUGAAAACUACAAUGAGCAUGAUACAAUUAGCAUGCAAAGUCCUAAUGUUGGCAAAGUAACCCAUCCGGAUUUACAAUCAAGCAGAAGGCUUGGUAUUAAAACGACGUUGACUUCAUUGCAUGGUGGCAAAUACUAUUUGUUCACACUCAAAAAUCAGUCAGAUUAUACCUCAGUAAGACUAAGAUUCAUUGAAACAUCGGAUGAUCCAUUGAAUAUUACAAUAAAUGGAAUACUAAUGCGACCACAACUUAAUAACAUAAUCAACAAUCAAUACACAUUAACCUACGUACACAAGAGCAAUAGUAGAAUAGAUGUCAUUUGUGAAACCUCUCCAAAUUACAAACUACUUAUUUUGAAUAAAGCGUUUAGGGGUAUCAGAUAUUAUCAAAAUGAAUUAACACCCGAACAAAAAAUUAACAUACAUUUUACUCCGUCACCAAAUAAAACUCCAAAUUUCAGAUGUUCCGCAGACAAUAGACGAAAUGGGUAUGUCGCACAGGCUUGUGAUAUAAUGAUUAAAUCUGACGAUAAAUUACUGAAUGAUUCUAAAAUAAUGGAAAUGGUGUUACCAGCAAACCGGACCGUGUUGGAAGUAUCCAAUGACACUUUGCAGGUUAUCUACUACAAGGUCGAUGUUGACGAAGAUUUGGAAAUAAAAUGUUCUGUAGGCCAGCGACAACUUGACGUGGUGUACAUGCACUUCCAAAAUAAUCAUACAACUGAUGAAAAUAUGAUUUCCAAAAUAGUUACAUUGAAAUAUAGUUCUACGAACCCUCCAGUUAUAUGCUAUUUAAGAGAUCAGGUGAACGACGUACAGUCUUUAAAACGUGAUGAAAUAAUGUAUCAGAUUGAAGUAAUAUUUGUAAAUAAAGAUGUUUCUCCUCGACUUGGCGGGGGCACUGCCGUGUCCCCAGAUUUAACAUUUGAACCUGAUCCUACUACUACUAUUGCAAACCAGGAAACACAUACGUCGAACCUAGUCAUCAUAUUUGGAUGUAUCUCUAGUCUUGUAUUAACGAUCACUGUUGUGGGCAUAGUCUACUGGCGUAAACGAACGCAAAGACCAAAAAAUACUAGCAAUAGUGAGGUUCCUACAUCGGAGCCAUUUUACGGUAACAAAAUGUUCCAAAACGACCCAAACAGGGGAAUUUAUGUUCUUCCAGAAAAUAAUGAUCCUAAAUACGAAAAAGCAUCACAGGCACCUUGCAAUCGUGUUAAAGAAGACAAUGAAAUGACUCCAAUACCUGAAUCGAUGUACGACUCAUGUUCCAUUGAAAAUUCCACUAUACAACCAAAUAAUGACGUUCCGAAAAGUCCAGACUGUUCUGACCCCAAUCACCAUCACUACGAGGAAGUAAAUUAUUUGCAAUGCAAGCCAAAACCAAGUGAACCUCAACAGCGAUCGAGCAAAAUUUAUAAUGUAGCUUAUGAUCAUGUUAGAAGAUGUCGCAGUGGGAAAUAGUUUCGUAAUUAGUAAACUACGUUUAACCGACUUUGACCACCAUUUUUAUAUACUUUACCUGCGCCUGAGUGUUAAAAUACAUUUCCGAAACCACAUCAAAAUUGGUUCAGCCAAUCUCGAGAUAAUGGUGACAAAAGUCGAUUAAGAAUCUGAUGUAUUCCUCGAAUUUAAGAUUUUAUAAUUCUAUUAUCUGUGACUGACUUAUUGUUUUAUGAUUCAAGAAUUGAUUUUUACUAGAAAAUCAUUGGUGGAAACGGAGUUCGCCGGGUUUGUGAGUUUAUAAUAUAAAAGGAUAGUAUUUAAUUAUUGGGUACAUAGGGAUAAAACAAUAAUAAAUAUAUUAAAUUUUUCUUUCAUCAUGGAGAAUGUUAACAUUUUUAGACAUGUAUGUAACUAUGAAGCACUCGAUGUAACGAAUUAAUCUGUAUACUUAGUUUUGUCUUACAAUCAAAACUGACCAAAUUAUAUGCAUCUAAGGUUUUGAUGACUUGAAUUUCUCAUACAAAAUUAACGUUGUACUGUGACGUCAUUGUACAACGUCUUAUAUAUUUAAUUUUUUAUACUUAUAACUAAGAAGUAGGUUAUCACUUAAUAAUAUUUUAAAGUUAUUUAAAUAUAAGAAUGUGUAGGUAUUUUUCCAUUUCGUAGAUUAUAUAAAUUGUGACUGCCUCGAUAGUCGAGUGGACGCAAGUGCGACUGCCGGACUAUGGGUCUCAGGUCCGAUUCCCGAGUCGGGCAAAGUAUUACAUGGAUUUGGUGAAAAGCGGGUAUACAUUGUAUUGUGGCACAACACGCUGUAAUGCACCUCUGUCUACCCCUUCGGGGAUAAAAAGGCGUGACGUUGUGUGUUUGUAUAUAUUAAUUGUUUUAAAAUAAUUGUAGGCUGAAAUGGAACGUCGUUUAUUAAUGGCGAAUGUUUAAAAAUGAACGUAUUUUUAAAAAUGGCGAGAAAUGAUAAUUUGAACUUUGUCAAUGGGACGGAUUGUUGUUCUGUAAAAAUAAAGUGUGAUUCCUGAAAA